AUGUAUAUAAACCAGGUCAUACGAGACCAAAAUCUGGGCGUACUAGCAGUACAGGAAGCCCACCUGACGCCCGAACGCCUGGACAGCUUAAAUGCCCUCUUCGCUACGACACUCGAGAUACAUUGCUCCCCUGACCCGGACAACGGCGCUGGUGCACGGGGCGUGGCUUUUGUUGUAAAUAAGCGUAAGCUAGCGGAGAGAAAGUGCACAAUGAACGUGCUCGUCCCCGGACGAGCUAUUCAGCUAGAAUACCCCUGGGCGGCUGAGAAAACAAUUAGCAUACUGAACGUGUACGCCCCGAACGCGGCGAGCGAAAACGCAGGAUUCUGGGAGUGCCUGAGGGAAAACUGGACGGCAAGAGCAGGCACCAAGCCUGAUAUCGUGCUCGGAGAUUUUAAUGUUGUUGAAAGUGCGCUAGACCGCUUUCCUGCUCAUCCAGAUCCUGCGCCGGCAACAGAAGCGUUGUCUGCACUUCUGAGGCAGCUGAAUGCAUGCGACUCAUGGCGCAUAGCGCACCCCACGGAACGUUUGUUCACCUUCCGCCAGUCCGGAUCUGAUAGACAGUCUCGACUGGACAGAAUAUAUGUAAAAAAGUCAGCACUACCUAUGAUCGCGGAUUGGGCGACGGUGGGGCCCGGUCGUCUGUCCGACCAUCAGCUUGUCCUAUGCUCCAUUGCUAACUACCAUGCGCCUACGGUCGGCAAGGGUAGGUGGUCCGCCCCUUUGUCACUGCUAGACGAUACAAAAUUUGUCAACAUCAUGAAAACGAUGGGAAGUGACCUCGAGCACGAGCUCACUAGUAUGGCUCCUAGAACUGAGUCGGAAAACCCGCAGACCAUUUUCCAGAACUUCAAAACGGCCUUGGCGUCUGCGGCGCGCAAGAGAAUUAAAGAAUGGGCUCCGAAACUGGAUAAAAAGAUUGCGGACCUGAAAAAUCAUAUCCUCUCCCUCCAGAGCUCCCCC